CCCACCCCCCGUUCGCAGCUGAGGCAUUCGCUUGCCUUCUCUGAUAUUACUCGAUGAUGUCCUCUCAGAUCGCUUUCCGCGCCCAAAAGCGUCUCGGCCUCGUCCACGGCUCUCCCGCCUACUCCCCCGUCCACGGAUUCUCGGAUCCAGGCGUGCCAGCUCGCACCUGCCAGUACAGCAACGACGGCAGACUCUUCGCAUACGCCCUCCCAUCUUCCGUCAGGAUCUUCCAGGCCGAAAACGCUAUCCUCUUGCAGGAGCUGAACAUUCCCAAUGUCGUCGAACUCAACUUCUCGCCUCGUGGCACUUACCUCUCUACCUGGGAACGUCCUGUGAAGCUCGAAGACGGCGCCCAACACAAAAACCUUCGUGUCUUCUCCGUCAGCACAGGCGAAGAGCUCAUCGCCUUCUCACAAAAAUCUCAGGAAAACUGGGACAUUCAGUACACCGUAUUCGAGUCACACGCAGUCCGCCUCGUUGCUCAGGAAAUACAGGUGUUCAGACCUGCUGAAUGGAGCAAGGGCAUCAUCGAUAAGCUCAGGGUCGAAAACGCUGCCAUGUUGUCCGUCAGUCCCGGCCUCAACCCCUCUAUCGCCGUAUUCGUCGCAGAGAAAAAGGGCGCACCCGCCAGCGUCAAAAUAUAUGGCCUCCUCGCACUCAGCCCAACACCCACCAGCUCCAAAACCUUCUUCAAAGCAGAUCGCACCCAAAUCAAAUGGAACGAUCUAGGCACCCAAGCGCUGAUCAUCACUCAAACGGAAGUCGACAAUUCCAACAUGAGCUAUUACGGAGAGACUUCGCUCUACCUUCUCAGUGCCGCCGGUAACUUUGAUUGUCGGGUCACGCUGGACAAGGACGGCCCCAUUCAUGACGUCGCAUGGAGUCCAAACAGCAAAGAGUUUGGUGUGGUAUACGGAUACAUGCCCGCCAAAGCCAUGCUCUUCGACUCCCGCGUCCGCACACUCUACGACUUCGGCAGUUCCCCCAUCAACACCAUCUCCUUCAACCCCCAGGGCCGUCUCAUUCUACUCGCUGGAUUCGGCAACCUCGCCGGAAAAACCGACAUCAUCGACCGUCGUUCCCUCACCAAAAUCUGCACCAUCGACGCUCCGAAUACAUCCUACUGCUCAUGGUCUCCCUGCGGUCGAUUCCUUCUCACAGCCGUCUUAUCCCCCCGGUUACGCGUCGACAAUGGAAUCAAGGUCUGGCACUGUUCAGGUCCACUCGUACAUGUCCAACCCAUCGACGAACUGUACCAAGCCGGAUGGAGACCGACACCCGUAGAUCAGGUUCCGGCGUUCCCCCAAACCAUUCCACAAGCGCCGCCACCGUCCGAGAGCGUGUCGAACGUAGGGACCAAUGGGAAACCGGCGAGUGCGAAACCGGCCGGUGCAUAUAGACCUCCUGGAGCCCGCGGACUGGCGACACCGGCAAUAUUCAAGAGAGAGGACGAGGGCGGGACACCGGUGCGUGGGGGUACCGGCAAUGGGAAUGGCACAAAUGGGACACCAACGAGAGGGUAUGGUCGGGGUGCUGGCACACCCCAGGGAGCAAACGGAGUGAAUGGGGGAAGGAGACAUGUCCCGGGCGCGCCUCCGAGGACGCCGUCUACCGGCGACAAUGGUGCCCCCUCUGGCGGUGCUGGUCCUGGCGCGGGUUCGAAUACUGCCGGAGGUGCCGCAGAAACUGCCGGAGAAAAGAAACGCAAGAAAAAGGACGCAAAGAAGGGGAAAACUACUGCUAGUGGUGGCGGUGGGGACGUCUCAUCCGGUGCUGCUACGCCCACCGGCGGCGGGGACACAACAAUAUCUGCCAGACUUUCGAUCGACGUUGCGAACGGCUUGAAUGGGGCGGCGCCCUGUCCGACUGCCCAGCUGACUACCCCCAAAGAGAAUGCAGAUUCGAUGGAUAUGGCGUCGAAGAAAAUAAGAAAUCUGAAUAAGAAGCUCAAAGCCAUCGACGAACUCAAAGAAAAGGCUAAGCGGGGAGACCAUCUCGAAGCGACGCAGUUGAAAAAGAUCGAGGGGGAGGCGGAUAUCAGAAAGGAACUUGCUGCGCUCAUGCUCCUUACUGGCGGCGGUGGGGGUGCUGCUGCUUGAUCGCACUUACACAUUCCUUCAUCAUUCACCUCUAUUCCUCAUUCGGGCUCGUUUCGUUGUACGGUCAUGUCAUCUGUCGCUACCGGAUGCGAUAAUGACAACGAGUGCAUAGGCAAACUACCCACAUCUCUGAUUUACAUGACUUUUUUUGGGUUGGAUGGUAUGUACGUAGAUGGUGUACAGUGAAAUGAGGUUGGGGGCG